GCAGAGAACAGACUCACAUCAACAUUGGACCUUUAGAUUAGCCAGGAGGAGGAAGACAUGCUUUGCUCCCAAUUCCUGGGGAAGGAAGGAAGGAUGAUCGCCAGGGGGGAUCAGUUUCCUGUCUCCAUGGCAACCAGGCUGCAAAAUGUCCCUCGGGCAGAAGGCGCCUGAGUCCAGCAGCAGCAGCGGCAUCGGCCAAAGGAUCCCCUUCGGACGCAGCAAGGAAAAGCCUUCCUCGGCCUGAAGACCAAGCCCCACGGUUUUGUUCCUUCUUUUCCAACUUCACCUCCUUCUUGGAUUUUAUUUGCUCCAAAAAAGAAAAAAGGUGGAAUGCCCUGAACUGAAGGCCAUGCAAAGGCUGGCUUCCCUUUGCUAAUUUGGGGCCAUUUCCUUGCGUUUCGGGACAAGAAGAGCCCUUGCGGACGGACAGGCGGUCCAUGUGGACGACUGCACUUUGAAGGGAACCGCAGGGUUUUUUUCCAUCUCCAUUUUAUUUUUAAUAUUUUUGAAAAAAUAGAUAAACGGUAUAUAUUUUGUGUGAGGAUUUUGGGAGAAAAUGGGAAGGAAAAAGAUCCAGAUCCAGCGGAUUACGGACGAGAGGAACCGGCAGGUGACGUUCACCAAGCGCAAGUUUGGCCUGAUGAAGAAGGCGUACGAGCUGAGCGUGCUGUGCGACUGCGAGAUUGCGCUCAUCAUCUUCAACCACUCGAACAAGCUCUUCCAAUACGCCUCCACCGACAUGGACAAGGUCCUGCUCAAGUACACCGAGUACAACGAGCCCCACGAGAGCCGCACCAACGCCGACAUCAUCGAGACGCUGCGCAAGAAGGGCUUCAACGGGUGCGACUCCCCGGAGCCGGACGGGGAGGACUCCAUUGACCAGAGCCCGCUCCUCGAGGACAAGUACCGCAAGGCCAGCGAGGACCUCGACCUCCUCUUCAAGAGAUACGGGUCCGCGGUGCCGGCCCCGAACUUUGCCAUGCCGGUGUCUGUCCCGGUGAGCCAGUUCAGCAGCCCCUCCGGAGGGGCCCUGGUCACUCAGUCACUGGUCACUUCCUCGCUGACUGACCCACGGCUGCUUUCGCCACAACAGCCGCAGCAGCACACACAGUCCCUGCAGCGCAACACUGUCUCCCCCGGACUGCCCCAGAGGCCGGCCAGUGCAGGUGCCAUGCUGGGAGGAGACCUCGGCAACACCAACGGCGCUUGCCCCAGCCCUGUUGGGAACGGCUACCUGAGCGCCAGGGCCUCCCCGGGGCUCCUCCCCCCUGUCUCCAACGGCAGCAACCAUCACCACGGCAACGUCCUGGGGGCAAAGGUCAUCCCGGCCAAGUCCCCGCCCCCUCCCUCCUCCGCAGGCCCCGCCCUCCCCCCAGAUGGGCGGGGCCGGGGCGGGAGGAAGGCCGAGGAGCACCUCCGCAUCGUCAUCACCUCGCAGGCCGGCAACGGAGGCGGGAAGGGCCUCGUCCAGCACCUGACAGAGGACCACUUGGACCUGCAGAACCACCAGCCUCAGCAGCAGCCUCAGCCUCGCCUGGGCCCCUCCCUCUCGCAGGGGCCACCUCACCCCAUGGCCACUCACCCUCCGGUGGUGUCGGUGGCCCCUCCCUCCCUCCUGACCCAGGGCUUGCCCUUCUCCGCCAUGGCGUCCGCCUACAGCUCAGACUACCAGCUGACCAGUGCGGACCUCUCCUCCUUGCCGGCCUUUGGCUCUCCGGCUGGCCUCUCUUUGGGAAGCAUCUCUGCCUGGCAACAACAACAACAGCAGCAGCAACAACAACAGCAGCAGCAGCAGCAUCUGGUCCCUGUAUCCCUAAGCAGCUUGAUACAGGGGGUGCACCUGGCCACUUCCUCUUCCUCGACUUCCUCUUCCUUGACGGUCAACACGAACCCCGGGAGCCUCAGCGGGAUCAGCAUCAAGUCGGAGCCGGUCUCCCCCAAUCGGGACCGAAGCGGGAGCGGCCCCAUAGCCCCGCCCCCUUUCGCCCUGGGCCCCGCCCCCUCCGGCCGCUCCCCUGCCAGCGAGGAGCGGGAUGACCCCGCCACGACCCCCUUUGGCCUCCUAAGGCCCGCCCCCUCCGAUGCCGGGGAGGACAACCCUGCGGUCAAGCGGCUGCGGCUGGACACUUGGGUCACAUAGGGCGGCCAAGGGGUCGAGGGUCAGCAUGGGGAGGGGAAGGGUGGGGUGGGGGCGGGGCAUUAUUAUUAUUAUUAUUAUUAUUGUUACUAUUAUUAUAAUGAAACUGCCUGAGGCUGAAACCAUAGCUUUAGGCCGGAGAGAAGAAAAACGGGAAUAGCAGGAGCCUGGAUAUGGGAUUUAUAGUUUGCAGGGAGGCAGGUGGCAAUAGGAGGAGGAGGAAGAAGAGAGUGCCUUGAGGGUUCGGUUGUGUUUUGUGGAGACGUUUAGGGCCGCAAAGGACUUGUCAAUGGGAAACUGCGGGAGACAUAGGUUUCCAGCCUCGGGAGACGUAGUUCAGGGAAGGCAAAGGCAUCGAAAGGAGUCAGAAGGCAGUCGCUUUUAGGGAAAUCUCCUUCCCUUCCUUUGUCUUUCAUUUCUUUCCUUCCCCCCCCCCCAUUCCUUCCCUUUUUCUUCCUUUCCUUCCUUCCUUUCUUUCUUUUCUUCCCUUUUCUUUCUAUUCCUUCUCUUUUCUUUUUUUCUAUUUCUGCCCUUCCUUCCUUUUCCUUUCUUUCCAUUACUUUUCUUUCUUUCUCUUUCUUCUCUCUCCAUUCUCUUUCCAUUCCUUCUUUUCCACUUUUCUUUCUAUUCUUUCCCUCUUUCUUUCUUUCCUUCCUUCCUUCCUUCCUUCCUUCCUUCUUCCUUUUAUUUCCUUUUCUUUUUCUCUCGCUUCUCUUUUCCUUCUUUCUUCCCUCCUCUUCAUUUCCCAUUUCUCUCUCUCUCUCUCUCUUUCUUUCUUUCUUUCUUUCUUUCUUUCUUUCUUUCUUUCUUUCUUUCUUUUCUUUCUCCCUUCUGUUCCAUUCCCUUCCCCUCUUUCUUCCUUUUUCUUUUCUUUCUAUGCCUUUCUCUUUCUUUCUUUUCCUUCCCUUUUUCCUUCCUUCUUUCCUUCUGCCUUUUUCCUUCCUUUUAUUUCCUUUUCCUUUUCUCUCGCUUCCCUUUUCCUUCUUUCUUCCCUUCAUUUUCUUUCUUUCUUUGUCCUCUUCCUUCCGUUCCUUUCCCUUCCUCUCUUUCAUUUCCUCUUUCUUCCUUUUUCUUUUCUUUCUAUGCCUUUCCUUUCCUUUCUGUUCCUUUCCUUUCCUUCCUUCCUUCCUUUCUUUCUUUUCUUCCCUUUUCUUUCUAUUCCUUCUCUUUUUUUUCUAUUUCUGCCCUUCCUUCCUUUUCCUUCCUUUCCUUUCCAUUGCUUUUCUUUCUUUCUCUUUCUUCUCUCUCCAUUCUCUUUCCAUUCCUUCUUUUCCACUUUUCUUUCUUUCUUUCUCUAUCCUCUUUUCUAUCUAUUCUUUCCCUCUUUCUUUUUUUCUUUCUUUCUUUCUUUCUCUCCUUCCUUCCUUCCUUUCUUUAUUUGCUCCACUGUCAUUGGGGGGAUUCAAGGCCAACAGGGUUUCCUUCCUUCCUUUCUCCUUCCUUCCUUCCUUCCUUCCUUCCUUCCUUCCUUCCUUCCUUCCUUCUUCCUUCCUUUUGCAAACCGCUUUUCGUCAUUUGCAAAACAAGGAUCCAUUGGAGAAGCAAAGCCAGGUCUGGCGACUUCUGCUGAUUUUGCCCAGGAAGGAGGCAGGCGCUGUUGCUGUUGUUGUUGUUGUUGUUGUUGUUGUUGUUUGCUCAGGAAUCUUGCCAGGAAGGGCUGUUUGGGGCUCCGAGGGCCGGGACGGGCGGGGCAGGAUGGGGCGUCCAGGUGCAUUUUGAAAAACAAAAAACAAAAAUGCUUUCCAAGGUUAGUUAGCAUCUUCAUUCUUGACCGGGAUUGGCAGGGUUUGCAGCGUUUGUAAUUUUCACAAAUUUGCAGGGUUUGUAAAAUUACAGAAUUUGCAGAUUUUCAAAUUUUUCAGGGCUUGCAAAAUUGCUGAAUUUGUAAGACUGUCAAGUAUUCGGAAUUUUGCAGAUUUUUAGAAUUGGGGGCUUGCGGAAUUGCCAAGUUUGCAGAAUUUUUGGAAUUUGCAGUUUGCAGAAUUUGAAAAAUGGUAGGUUUGCCGAAUUUUCCGAUGUUCAAAAUUUUGCAGAUGCGCAGGGUUUGCAGAACUUGAAGAUGGGCUGCGUUUGCAGAAUUGUAGACUUUGCAGAAUGGCAGUUGGCAGAAUAUUCAGAUGUUCAAAAUUUUGCAGAUUUGCAGGGUUUGCAGAACUUGCAGAUGGGCUGAAUUUGCAGAAUUGUAGACUUUGCAGAAUGGCAGUUGGCAGAAUAUUCAGAUUUUCAAAAUUUUGCAGAUUUGCAGGGUUUGCAAAACUUGCGGAUGGGCUCAAUUUGCAGAAUUGUAGACUUUGCAGAAUGGCAGUUGGCAGAAUAUUCAGAUGUUCAAAAUUUUGCAGAUUUGCAGGGUUUGCAGAACUUGCAGAUGGGCUGAAUUUGCAGAAUUGUAGCCUUUGCAGAAUGGCAGUUGGCAGAAUAUUCAGAUUUUCAAAAUGUGCAACUUUUGCGGAAUUUGCAAUUUUCAGAAUUUGGAAUUUGCAGGGUUUGCAGUAAUUGCAGAACGUGGCCCUGGACGUUGUUCCUAUCUUUUGACCUGUCCAGUUUUCUGGCCUAGCAAAGGCACAAGGAGAGGCGGGUAAUACAUUGAUUAUUGUUGACCAUUGACAUUGAGAGAGAAAGAGAGAGAAGAUGCAUAAAAAGUGGAGGAAGGAGGGGUCAUUGGUUGGUCAGUUGGUCAGUCGGUCAGUCGACCUUGCAAGGUUCUGCAGGGAGGCAAUGGGACUUGAGAGAAGUGACCGCUGCCCUUUGGGUUUUAUGCAAAGAGAUUUCCCAUCCAAAUUUAUUAUUGUUGUUGUUGUUGUUGUUAUCAUUGUUAUUAAUUAUUCAGCCCAUUUGCAGCAGAAUGAUUCAUUUUUCCAAAGAACGACAAUCGUAACGAAAAUGCCCUUUGUAUUUCUACGAAUCUCUAUAUAUAUAUUUCUCCCUUUUUAAUUUUAUUUCUCGUGUUGAUAGUUACCUUUUGUGUAUAUAUAUUAUUAUUAAUAUAUUAUUAUUAUUAAUAUUUUUUAAUUUGGCGGAGAGAGAAAACACGAAGGAAAAAAAAAUUGACCUUUGUAUAGGGUUUUAGUUUUAAAGCAAAAAAAAGUUAUCUAUCUAUCUAUAAAUAUAAAUAUAUAUAUAAUAUAUAAAUAUAUUAUAUAUAUUUUCCAUUUUUUAAGAGGAGGAGGAAGUGGGGGUGUUGUAAACGGGACGCGGGGGUUGCACGGUUUUGAAAAAUUGUAAAAAAAAAUAAUGCUGCAGUUUUUAGAGAUUUUUUUUUGUUUAUUCCAGGGGAGGGUGGGAAAACAACAACUUAUUUAUUCUCGAAAAUAAAUAAUAAUAAAAAAAUGCAUGACGACAACAACAAAGAAAAACAGCAACACAACGAUAUUUAUAAGAAAAUAAAAGACUUUAUUCCUAACUUUAUUCCUAGCCUGAGGAUGUUAGGAAUGCUGGGAUUUGUAGUCCAAAACCCCCGAAGGGAGGGCCCAAGUUUGACCAUGUCUGUUAUAAACAGAAAAAAAUAAUAAUGGCUAAUUAAUAUAUUGUGGUUUUUUUUAUAUUUUGGGCUGGUUCACUUUCCCCCCCAAUGUUUUCCUUAUUGUUUUGUUUGUUUGAGAAUGAAACCCAAUAAGUGUAUAUUUUCAUAUUAAGAAGUAUGCACUGAUGAGAUGUUUAAAGACAAAUGAUAUAUAUAUAUAUAUAUAUACAUA